CACACAAAGCAUGGGGAACAUCAGACUGCUGUGUGUCCUUGGAGUCCUCCUGGCUACUUUGUUCCAUACUACCUGGCAAAUGGCUGAUGAAUCCAGGCUGUCUCUUGAGGACAUAGACAGUGUCAAAAGUUUUGUUUCCAAGAGGAAGCGACAGAAUGAUGGAAAAACUUUAACAAAGGAGGAUGUGAAAGCACUAGCUGAUGCGGUAACAGUGGAUGCCAUAAAAAAGGCUUUGGCAGAGAUGUGAGUUAAUAAUCUACGCUUUUCUAUUUAAGAUGCA